AAUCUAGCGCAGCUGGGAUGGCAAUCCUCGGUAUUACCACGGAUGCCCAAGGGCACCUCCACCACAAAGACAGCUGAGCAAACAGUGUCACACGCUCGCUCGCUCUCAUCACUACGCCGCUGGUCUGCUGGAGUGUCGGCUGCUGCUGCCACUCGUCCCACUCACUCCCACGCGCACGCUCCCCACAAUGCGCGGCUCCCCCCUCGCCGCCGCCGCGGCGUUCCUGUUCGUCGCCGUCCUCCUCCCCCUGGCCUCCGGCGCCACCUCCGGUGGCAGCGGCAAGGCGGCGGCGGCCCCCGCCGCGGCGAAGGCGAAGGCGCCCGCGGCGCCGCCGAACAUCACGGCGCUCAUGUCCAAGGGCGGGUGCAAGUCGUUCGCGUCCCUGGUGUCCAAGUCCCCCGACGCGCUCUCGGCGUUCCAGUCGGCCGUGGAGGGCGGCGUGACGGCGUUCUGCCCCACCGACGACGCCCUCCGGCCCUUCAUGCCGAGCUACAGGAACCUGAGCGCCGACGGGAAGGCGUCGCUGCUGCUGUUCCACGCGGUGCCCGUGUACUACACGCUGCGGAGCCUCAAGUCCAACAACGGGCCCAUGAACACGCUCGCCACCGACGGUGGAUCCCGGGGCUACAACUUCACGGUGCAGAACGUGGGCGACCAGGUGAGCAUCCGGACGGAGGCCUCCGACGCCGCCGCGCGGGUGAGGUCCACGGUCUACGACAGGGACCCCGUCGCCAUCUACGCGGUGGACGCCGUGCUGGAGCCCGUGGAGCUGUUCGAGCCCGCGGAGGCCCCCGCGCCGGCGCCCGCGCCCGCGGCCGACGCGCCCAGGGCGUCCACGAGGGCGCGCGGCCACCGCCCGCGGCACGUCGCGGACGCGCCCGGCCCGGCCGCCGACGACGCGGCGCCCGCCGACCAGAGGAAGAACGCGAAGAAGAACGCGGCGCCCGGCGGGCCUCGCCCGCGGUGGCUCGCCGCCAUUACUGCCUCCGCUGUGGCCGUGGCCGCCGCCUUGGUUUAGGGGAUUAUUAAGGUUAAUCUUCUCUCUCGAGGCGGAUCUGCUCGAAUGGUGGUGGUGUCUGUCGGUGGGUGCUGUGACUGUGAGUCGGUGCGUGAGCAUGUGCCGUGAGAUUUGGUGCUUCUCUUUGGAUGGAAACGCCAUGGUUUUUCUUUUCCUUUUGCCUUUCUUUUCGGUUCUUCUUUCUCCUCGCUCCAUUAUUGCUGUUGUUAGUAUGAAAAAGAUUGAUUUGGUCUGCGUCAAAAAUUCUGGAUUCGAAUCCGGGAACCAUAAUCCAAUAGCUGAUGUACAUUCCCUGCCUUCUUCUCCGUUCUUUCUAAACGAUGGAUGAGAAUAUGAGAUGCUAA